AUGGACAGUGGUCUGCCCUCUCCUCCGAUGGAGGAGCAGAAGUCCCAGGGUUCCAGGAAGAGCUCCUCAUCAAACUCAAAGUCCAUAAAACCGCACCGGCACACGUCCAAACGAGCCAGCCCACACAGCGCUACGGUUCACCACGACCAAGUCGCUCACGGAGUGUCAGACGGGCGGCAUAAAAGGGUAUGGAAGGCGUGUGAGAGGUGUAGGAUGAAGAAGACCAAGUGCGAUGGAGAAUUCCCGUGCAAGAGGUGUAAGGACGAUGGUCUCGUCUGCACGGCCGGGGUACGCAAGAAGACGGAGUUCAAGCAGCUUCCCAGGGGCUACGCCGAGGUGCUGGAGCAUGCGCAGUUUGCGCUGGUGGCAACGGUGCACAAGCUCUACGCCAUGGUCAGGAGCCAGCAGGCAUGGGACCUGGACGAGCCGGAACUGAACGACAGGGGCCAGCCCGUGGUACACGACAUUGCCAUGAAGCUCGGUUGCAUACGGCCGCAGUUCGACGCCGAUCUCCCCGCGCAUUCGGUGUUCCCCGAAGACGAGGCGGGCAUGACGGCACUAGCACACCAGCUCGAGGAGGAGGAGCAGCAGCAGCAGCAGCAGCAGCAGCAGCAACAUCAACAACAUCAACAACAGCCACAACACCAACAACACCCUCACCAAAAAGAGAAAGAGCGAGAAACCGAGACGACGGAGUCGCAAUCUAGCUGCAACCUUUCGGACAGAGCAAGCUCGACCGACAUGGACCACUCCGAGUUCGAGACGGACUAUCGCAAGCACGUCUUCUUCGGCGGCGGCGGCAACGACACGGCCGUGACCAUGUCGCCGCGGAGCUUUACGGGCGGGUGCAGCGACUUUGACGUCGACUCGGUGUCGUCGCCGUCCCACGUCCCCGCCGGCAUGUUCCGCAGCCAAACGUCGUCGGCGGCCGCCAUCCCUUCUUCGUACGGUCCGCAUUGGACGACAACGGCGGCGGCGGCCAAGCCUAUGACUUCUCCGAUGAAUCUGGCGGCAACGCAGCAAUUCUUGCAGCUGCAACAGUCGUCGGAUGGUCUGCCCGACCUGGACUACCUGGACUUGGGCCUGAUGGCGAUGGAGUCCGACGAGUUUGGCACGAUCAAGCCGCACAUGCUGUCGUGUCCGAACCCGGAGGCCCUGAUGGGUAUGGGAGACCCCAUGAUAUAUUCGGGGUUUGAUCCCGAGUCGAUACGACUGUAA